CCGACCCUACCGAGGAGCAGAUGGCAGAAACAGAGAGAAACGACGAGGAGCAGUUCGAAUGCCAGGAACGGCUCAAGUGCCGGGUGCAGGUGGGGGCCCCCGAGGAGGAGGAGGAGGAGCACGCGGGCCUGGUGGCCGAGGCCGUGGCUGCCGGCUGGAUGCUCGAGUUCCUCUGUUUCUCUCUUUGCCGAGCUUUCCGCGACGGCCGCUCCGAGGACUUCUGCAGGACCCGCAACAGCGCAGAGGCUAUUAUUCAUGGACUAUCCAGUCUAACAGCUUACCAGUUGAGAACGAUAUACAUAUGUCAGUUUUUGACAAGAAUUGCAGCAGGAAAAACCCUUGAUGCACAGUUUGAAAAUGAUGAACGAAUUACACCCUUGGAAUCAGCCCUGAUUAUUUGGGGUUCAAUUGAAAAGAAACAUGACAAACUUCAAGAAGAAAUACAGAAUUUAAUUAAAAUACAGGCUAUAGCUGUUUGUAUGGAAAAUGGCAACUUUAAAGAAGCAGAAGAAGUCUUUGAAAGAAUAUUUGGUGAUCCAAAUUCUUAUAUGCCUCUCAAAAGCAAAUUGCUUAUGAUAAUCUCUCAGAAAGAUACAUUUCAUUCCUUUUUUCAACACUUCAGCUACAAUCACAUGAUGGAGAAAAUUAAGAGUUAUGUGAAUUAUGUGCUAAGUGAAAAAUCAUCAACCUUUCUAAUGAAGGCAGCAGCAAAAGUAGUAGAAAGCAAAAGAACAAGAACAAUAACUUAUCAAGAUAAACUUAAUGGUAAUUAUGUUGAAAUGGAAACUGAAGCUAAUUUGGAUACAAGAAAAAGGUCUCAUAAGAAUCUUUUCUUAUCUAAGUUGCAACAUGGGACCCAGCAACAAGACCUUAGUAAGAAAGAAAGAAGAGUAGGAACUCUUCAAAGUACAAAAAAGAAAAAAGAAAGCAGAAGAGCCACUGAAAGCAGAAUACCUGUUUCAAAGAGUCACCCGGUAACUCCUGAAAAACAUCAAGCUAGAAAAAGACAGGCAUGGCUUCAGGAAGAAGACAAGAAUUUGAGAUCUGGCAUGAGGAAAUAUGGAGAGGGAAACUGGUCUAAAAUACUAUUGCAUUAUAAAUUCAACAACCGGACAAGUGUCACGUUAAAAGACAGAUGGAGGACCAUGAAGAAACUAAAACUGAUUUGCUCAGACAGCGAAGACUGAUUGUGUUUGUAAAGGCUUGAUGAAAGGACAGUUAAGUAUUUUGAUCACUGUAUUUUGUUUGAAACUUGUGUCAUUGAUGUAUUUUAAAACUUUUGUUUAAAGCAUUACAGUAUUUUUCUGUGACCAUCAAUUAAUAUGAGGGUUUGUGCUAUAAGAGUUAAAGCAUGUGCUAUCAUUGUAUUCUUUAAGAACUUUAUUUUGAUAAAAUGUAAGUUUGUUGAACCCUGCCACAUUUAGU